CCACGAGUCCUCGACCGCUUUGUUGCCUCGAUCGCGAAGCGGGCUGCUUGACGACAAGAGGAGGAGGCGGAGGGGGUUGAAGAAGGCGGCAUGGCGGUGGACGUUCGCUCGGUCGUGGCGAGGAGACACGGGAACAGGGCGCCCGGGCAAGGCGGAGGCGCGGCGAGGCACCUCGUCGCUCCGGGAGAUGUCAUCACGGGAGACGCCGGCUUCAUGAGGGGCCAUGGCACCUACACAGAGGACGAUAAGCUCAUCGCAUCAGUGGCCGGAGUGGUGGAAAGGGUCAACAAGCUGAUCUGUGUGCGGCCUCUCAAGACACGAUACAAUGGGGAAAUAGGUGACGUGGUGGUGGGAAGGAUAACAGAGGUACAGCAAAAGCGUUGGAAGGUGGACACAAACUCUCGGUUGGAUUCAGUUCUGCUGCUUUCGUCUGUGAAUCUACCAGGGGGAGAGCUGCGACGGCGAUCAGCAGAGGAUGAGCUGGCGAUGAGGGACUACUUGCAGGAGGGUGAUCUCAUCAGCGCAGAGGUACAAGCGGUGUUCUCAGACGGUGCCCUUUCCCUGCACACCAGGAGUCUUAAAUAUGGCAAGCUGGGCCAGGGGGUGCUGGUGCGCGUGUCCCCGUCGCUGGUGAAGCGGCGCAAGACGCAUUUCCACGCGCUGCCCUGCGGCGCCUCCAUCAUCCUGGGCAACAAUGGCUUUGUGUGGAUCUACCCGACCAGCGACAGCCACGCAGAGGAGAGUGGCGGCUUCUACACCGACUUGGAGCCCACGGCACUGUCGGAGCGAGAGGUGAUUGCACGUCUCCGCAACUGCGUGACGGGCCUGUCGUGGCAACGCAUGAUGCUGUACGACACCAGUGUCCUUUACUGCUACGAGGCCUCCAUGCAGCACCAGAUCAAAGACAUCCUCAAGCCCGAGGUGGCAGAGGAAGUGGUGGAGGAGACGAGACGGCGACUGUUGGAGCAGGAGGGAUAAGCCGGGCUUAGUUUUGAACAAGGCACAAGAUAAAAUAAAUAUAUAUGUAAACUCACGGAGCUUUGGUUCUUUUUCACAUUUUAAAUUUACAUUAAAAAAAUCGGAAAUGUGUAAAAUGCAACACCACUCAGGGAAUUGUAUUUUUCUUGCCGUUAAUAGAAUUUGAAUGAUUUCACUGUGUUUAUCCCAAAUUGGCCAAUUCAAUUUCAAGCAAUAUUGGUUGGUUCUUUCCAAUCAAUAUGUAAGAGUCGAGUGUAUGACUGAAAAGACAAAUGUAUUGUGCUCAAAUAAAUAGUAUGGAUCAAUUUAAAAUUGGAUGGGAUAGAUUGGAAGAAAUACGUUUCUGAAGAGUGUUUGGUUUUGUAUAUGUUCUUGCAAUAAACAUUGACAAAAUACAUUAAAAGAUUAUUUUUUUAUUUAAAAAUUAUUAUGAAUAAAACAGUAAACGUCAGAAAUUGCAUUUCACAUCAGUGACACUUGAAAAGCUUAUUGUAUUUUUGUUUUUAAAAAUCUAUUUUCAGUCAAGUUUAUAGGGCACAUUUUUUUGCUGCCGUAUCAUCUUACAUUGCCUGUGACAACGUCUAAAAUAUACACCGCAGUUCGUGGUGUUUACAUUAUUUACACGACUGGAAUUGUCAAACGAUUAGAUAAAGUGGGGUGUAUUAUUUUGCCAUGCGACUGUUCAGUCUGAAUUGUAGCUUUUUUUUACAUAAAAACACGUUAGUGUUUUGCCAAA